CACCAUUCACGCCCCCACGCCGAAGAGAGAGGAGGAGGUUACUCGAAAGAGAAUCUGUCCACUGGCUCAUACACUGCACGAGCACAAGCAGCAUCACUUAUCAAACCUUGGAAAUAUACGUAAUUUUUAUUUUUUUAUCAUGGAGCAGAAACCAACCAUCAACUUCGGCGCUGGACCUGCAAAACUUCCUCAAUCAGUUCUGCUUCAAGCACAAAAGGAGCUACUGAGCUACAACAGCCAAGGAAUUAGUGUUUUGGAGAUGAGUCACCGAUCUGCAGACUUCAGCAAAAUCAUGAACAAAACAGAGAAUCUGAUGCGAGAACUGCUAAAUAUCCCAGACAACUAUAAAGUGAUGUUUUUGCAGGGGGGUGGGUCGGGUCAGUUCAGCGCUGUGCCUCUUAAUCUCAUUGGCCUAAAAGAAGACAGAUGUGCUGAUUACCUUGUGACUGGCACAUGGUCAGCUAAAGCUGCAAAAGAAGCAGAGAAGUAUGGCAAAGUGAACAUUGUCCACCCAAAGCUUGACAGCUACACAAAAAUCCCAGACCCGAGCAGCUGGACUCUGAACCCUUCAGCGUCCUAUGUUUAUUACUGCUGCAAUGAGACGGUGCACGGAGUGGAGUACAACUUCAUCCCAGAAACAAAUGGGGUCAUUCUUGUGAGCGACAUGUCCUCUAACUUCCUGUCCAGACCAGUGGACGUGUCAAAGUUUGGUUUGAUCUUUGCCGGUGCUCAGAAAAAUGUGGGCUGUGCUGGAGUGACUGUGGUAAUCGUGAGAGAGGACUUGUUAGGCCAUGCCCUAAAAGAGUGUCCGAUUGUUCUGGAUUAUAAAGUGCAGGCAGAAAAUAAUUCCCUGUACAACACACCACCAUGUUUCAGCAUCUAUAUCAUGUGCCUGGUUCUGGAGUGGAUCAAAAACAAUGGGGGCAGCAUUGCCAUGGAAAACCUCAACAACCAGAAGUCCUCCUUGAUCUACGACAUAAUCAACAACUCAGAUGGUUUCUAUGUGUGUCCCGUGGAUCAGCCCUGCAGAAGCCGAAUGAAUAUACCAUUUCGCUUGAGGACAGAAGAAGGCGAUGAGGCUUUGGAAAAGAAGUUUCUUGAUGGAGCAGUAAAACGUGGAAUGAUCUCACUCAAAGGACACAGGUCAGUUGGGGGAAUCCGUGCGUCCCUGUACAACGCUGUCACUCUGGAGGACACUGAAGCGCUUGGCACUUACAUGAAGGAGUUUCUGAAGGAGCACAUGUAGAUACAGUUUAAGACCUUAACUGUGAAACAGUGGCAUUCUUGAUGUACAAUGGACAGAAUCCUGCCCUUUAUCUACAAUAUUAGGUCCAUGUUGGGUCCGUCGAAGCUCCUUAAAGGUGUAGGUGAUGUCCUAAAUAAGUCUGUCUGUCAUUUUCAUACAAAGUCUUGAAAAAUAUUAAUGUACAUAUUCAAUUCCUAAUGUGUAAUUACAUUCCAGUAAACAUAUGUUGACUAAAUAA